AGGCGCUCUCCGAGGCGUGGCUUCCGGCGGGCUGGCGGAUCGAAGGACCAGCACGGUCGCGUCUAUUUCGCCAACGUGCUGACCUCUGGGGCCUCCUGGACGCACCCCCUGGCGCCGCAGCUGAAGGAGAUCGUGGACGUCUUCCGCAUGUGCUCCGACUCGAAGGACAUUCCUGAAGUCCGCGACCUCGCGGUGUCGACGCUGCUCGCCACGUGGCAGGAGGAGGCGCAGAAGGCGCUCGAGCCGUGGGUGCCGUUCACGGACGCCGCCGGCCUGCCGUGCUUCCACAACUGGGUGAUUGGGGAGUUCACGUGCAGUACCCUGCAUCUCUCCAUCCCCUACGGUUCUACAUGAAGAUCCAAUGCUUGCAGCAGUUGCGGGCCACAGACUACCAGGUGAGCGCAGACCGCAUUGAGCGCAUCGUUGACACGUGGCAUCUGCAGGCGACGCUGCUUCGGAACACGCGGCUGCGGGACCAGGCGCAGGACGAGCUGCAGCGGUAGGACCGGCUGCAGCGCGAGUUCCAGUACGCGCAGCACCAGCAGCAGAAGUAGCAGCAGAAGGAGCAGCAGAAGGAGCAGCAGCAGCAGGAGCAGCUGGCCGCCGCGCCACUGGAGGACCAGCCGCAGAGCGAGCAGCAGCUGCUGCUCGCCGCGAUGCUCCCCGGCGCCGCCGCCACACCGCAGGAGGGGCCCGAGCGGGCCGCAGCAGCCGGGCGCCCCGGCGGCUCCGGGCCCGGCCGCGGGGCCAGAGCAGGACGCCAGGUCGGCCAGCUUGGCGCGGGCAGCCAGGGCCAGGGCGAUGGAGCCCUGAAGCCUCCCCCGUCAACUCAGUGCCCCGCGGCCGUUGCGCGCACUCCCGCGAGGCCCGCGGCGCGCGGAACGCGCUCCGUGGCGUGCCGCCGCGAGGCCUGCGUGUGCGCGGCACGUCUUCCGCUCUCGCGGCCGCGAGGCUCCCCGCGUCGCCAGCCUCCGCUGCGGUGGGGACAUUGGUAAUGGGUCGUGAACCCCCCGCGGCGGAUCCAGGCCAUUUGCGAGCGGCUGCUUUUCGAGCAGCGGAGCGUGCUUUUCUAAGCGGUAUCGGGGGACGCCCCCAGGUUUCAGGACCGUCUUCCUUCGCAGCCCGCUUCCUCUCCUGCUGAGUACAGCCGCAGGCGGUGGGGGCCGCGUCUGCUUGUGGUGCGCGGCGCACCAUCUACGGCCACGUGAGGUCACGCGUGCCUCGGGGCGCGCGCCUGCGGUGCAUGACGGCGCCGCAUGUAGUGCGGAGGUCCGCCGGCACGUGAGGGUAGAGGAGCAGCGGGCGUAAUAAGGGGGCUGUGCGUGCGUAAGGUGUUUCUUGGUUUCUGGCGAGUGAUACACAAACAGCAUAAUCACAAAUCAUUCGGGGCUCCGACGGGACUUCUCAGAUCGGCGCUGGACCCCUUCCCUGGCGUGCGGAGCGCGCCAGGGGGCGCCUGCGCAGAUCCGAGAAAUCCGCGCGGAGCUCCGAACGCUUGUGUGGUGUGCAGUUUCUUCUUCCUGUACUAUUUUAGGCCUCCUAGAUGAGGUCGGAGUAGAUUGGGAGGCCUCUGGAUAUGCUCCGCACGAUGGGCCGUGCCUGUGCGUCUGCGCGUGCUGCGGAGCGCCCUGCGCGCCCACGCUGCGGGGCGACGCGCCUCGCCCCUGUUUGGGGCGGCGCACGGGAAACAAAAAAGCAGGUGCCGGGCGCCCUGUGGGGCCCUUGCCG